AUGAUUCAAAGAAAAUUUUUCUCGCUCAGUUUGAUCCUAUCUCUACUUAUAUUUAGUAGCGGCUUAAUAAGUAAAAGUUUUGCGAAAAAGCAAAAAGAGACUCCCUCGUCGUCUUCCUCCUCUUCCGAUAAUGAUCCUAUUCCUAUAUUAAAUCCUUUAUCGGAAUUUUUCUCGGAAACUUAUCCAGAUGAUACUUUGGAUUUCUCUGUAAUCGGUGACUGGGGAUUCCCUGGUGAUAAUCAAACACAGACUGCUAAUGCUAUGCGUAUAUAUGCUGAAAGGUUUAAUAGUAAAUUUAUCGUAAAUGUUGGUGAUAGUUUUUAUAUUGGCGGAAUUUACACCUAUGAUGGAGUGAGUAAUGCAAGUGAUCCAAAAUUUAACACGAUUUGGAAAGCUACUUAUACUGGAAAAUUGGGGGAAAUCCCAUGGUAUGCUGUUGCGGGAAACCACGAAUGGUAUAAUAAUGUGACGGCGGAAGUGGAUUACAGUCGUAAUAAAGAUGCACGAUUUUUCCUUCCUUCACUCUACUAUACGCGUGUGUCACAUGUUGGUCCUAACAAAGAUAAGAUUGCAUGGAUCCAUAUCGACACCAAUCCAUUUUACUACACGGAUAUCAAAAAAUUAAAGAAAAAGAAUAAAGAGAUGUAUGACGCGUUAGUUCAACAAGGUUGGGAAAAUGACGAUUCAGUAGAGAAUUUAUUGAAAUGGAUUGAAAGCCAACUUGUCGCACAUCAAGACGCCAAAUGGAUUUUUGUAAUUGGUCAUCAUCCAUUAGUAGGCGACUGUCAAACUGUCGGGAAAAUGAGCCGUCUUCCACCAUUAUUUGAAAAUUAUCGAGUAACCGCUUAUUUCUCUGGUCAUAACCACGCGUUAGCGUAUCAACAGCCAUCGAAUUCCUCAUCGGUUGCAUAUUUCUUAUCAGGAGCUGGAAGUAAAGUAGAGGAUAUUUGUGAAGGUCGUACUUGGGGAGCUUUUAAAACAGGAUUCGUACAUGUUACAAUAUCGACUAAUGACGAUAAAGCGGAUUUUCAAUAUGUUGACGCGUCAGAUCCGAACAAAUCUGGUGGUGUAGUUGCCUAUUCAGGAACUUUAAAACCUCAUCCAUUCCAUUCAAAUUAG